UCGAGUUAGUUUCGAGGCUGUCUCUUUGAUUAAUAAAUAUUUUGGUAUUCAUUACACGAUCAUAAUUAGUGGUCAGCUUUUAUUUCUAUGACUAAAUUAAAACAUACACAAAAGUUAAGCUGUCGCAAACAUGUCAGCAUCUAAAAUGCCCGAUAUCAUCAAAAUAUCCCAUUCGCUGGAUUUGGGUCCGCUGCCGGACGAACUGAUUCCUAUAGCUCGUCGCCAGGGUGAAGAUCCCGACAUGACCUGUAACUAUUUAGAAGAGCUGCGCAACUUAAUAUAUGAACGGGGCGAUUUUAAACCUUUCCGCACAGACAAUGAAUUUUUAAUAAAAUUUUUGCGAGCUCGUUUUUUCAAAGUUGAAAACGCUUAUAAAUUGCUGGUACGUUACCACGAAUUCAGAGAGUCAAAUCAGGACCUAUACUUAAAUGUGGAUCCCCUAUCCUUAACUCAUCUGGGUGAAAAUGAUAUCGUAUCGGUGACACCAUAUUACGAUCAGAACGGUAGACGGAUGAUGUUUCACAAAGUUGGUAACUGGAAACCAUCCAAAAUACCGAUAAAUGAUUUAAUGAAAGCGACGCUGAUUUUAUUGGAAAUGGGAUCAUUAGAACCUAGUGCUCAGGUGCUAGGUGGAAUUGGAAUUUUCGAUCUCGAAGGAUUAACAAUAAAUCAUGGCCUGCUGAUAACACCAUCUGUUGCUAGUAAAAUUAUAUGUUUGAUGGUUACCUGUAUGCCAAUCCGAACCGACACAAUACACAUUGUCAAUCAGGGCUGGGCUUUUGAUAUGGUAUUCAAAAUGUUCAAACCGUUCCUAAACGAAAAAAUGAGAUCGAGAAUUUUCUUUCACGGUACGAAUAUGGCAUCGUUACACAAUCACAUUGAUAAGAAACAUUUGCCGAGCAAGUAUGGCGGCUACAUGGAUGAUUAUCCGUAUACAACGUGGAUGGACAACUUAAAACAGAACUACACAGUUGUUAGAGAAUUGCAGCAACUGGGGUAUGCAAUAAAUGCAGACCAAUUUUGUUCGGAAAUUAUAGGUUCUGAGAAGUAAUUCAACUAAAGGUGAACGUUCAUUGAAAAUAAAUCAAAUUAUGAAAUC